GCUAAUUUGACAGAAAGGGACAACGCGGUACGGGGGUUAGUCAAGAUGGAACAGAUUUUCCUAUUUUUCUGCACCAUGUGGCUAGCUGUUGCUUCAGCAUGGGCACAGGAUUACUACAAUGCGUUAUCUUCCAAGGAUUUUGAAUCAUUUAAGAACGCUGUUGUGCCCUGUGCGGUUUAUUUUGUUUCAAAGUCUCCUGAAAAACUGAAAAAAGAUUGGCAAGUAAAGGAGUUCUUGACAAACUUUAUGGAUUCUGGGCGGUACCUGACAGACUUCAGUGUCAACUUUGCCACAGUUGAUUGUCAUUCUGAUCCUGUGCAGGAUUAUUGUUCCAGGGACAAUGCAAGGAGUACACUUUUUGUAUUCAGACAUGGCCACAUUCUCACUGAACUGCCGAUGGAUUCGUUGUACAGUGUUGAUUCCAUCAUUUCAAACAUGCUACAUCUGGUGCUGUUACGAGAAGUUCCCCUUAUACAGGAACCGGCAGAUCUAGCAUCUAUGCAGCAACGCCACAAAGGACACAAAGAUAUCCUGUUUGCAAAGAUGAUUGCCGUGGGCACAUCAGAGCACCGUGCAUUUAUGGAAGGAGCCUUUGCAUAUGGCCACCUGUAUAAGUUUGUCAUGACCACAAAUAUGGGCACCAACAUGCUAGGACCUGGGUCCGAGGAGGAGUGGGAGGAGCAGGAGAAUAGGGUGUGGCUACUCCAGUGUAAGCAGGCAUCCUCACUGGACUUGUGUCAUAGGUCAUUCUUCCGGGGCAAGAUGCGCGUGGCUGACUUUGCCUUGUACCUGAAGACUCUGGAUGUUCUUCCAUAUACUGAAUAUAAAGCCCCAGGUGGGACAGUCCUGUACCAACAACUGGGCAUCCCAACGGCUUACCUGUACAGCAAUGCUGCUGAUUAUAGGUAUCACAAGGAGAUGGUCCAGGACCUAUCCCAGACAUACCGUGGAAACCUUGGCUUUGUCCUUGUUAACAGUGAUGUGACUCCAGAGAGUGUUGUAGCUGACAUUGAACGCUGCCAGCCUCCAUGCCUCAUGUUACAACGAGCGCCUGAGGAGAACUUGAUUCAUAUGGAAGAUGAUCUGACUGUGGAGAAUGUAGCAGAGUUCAUUGAGGACAACAUGUACAUUAGAGAGAAUCCCUCUGAAAUUCAAGAAGAGUACGAUCCUGUCCCAGUCCAAGAAGUCCAGGAUGACGAGGUGCAGCAUGCUGUCUACAGUGACACCAGAAUCCUUGACAUGGCGCACGUCCCCAAGUUGACCGACAAAACCUUCCCAGAAUUCAUUUCUGACACAGGAUUGGUCAUUGUUCUCUUUACAGUGCGCUGGGAUCCACGAUGCAAGGCUUUCCUGGAAUCUUACUCCAAUGCCGCUCAUACCAUCCAGCAGGACAUCCCUGCCACCGACCGACCCCCUGUUGGGCCCCUUGCCCAGGUGGAGUGUUUCAACUGGCCUGAUGUCUGCCAACUGGGCAACGUAACAGCCUACCCAACCAUCCAGCUGUACAGAGAGGGGAAGUUGGUGACGGAUUACCGGGGAUCGCUGAGUGAGGCAGGCAUCCUGAAAGCCUACAGACUGCAUUCCACCGCCAAUCCUGUGGUGUUGGACUCCUGUCCUGAUUGCCAGGCCAUCAGUAAAGGGGAGCUGCCAAGCUGGGUCUCCUCCACGCUUCCUGCCGUUGUCAUUGGAUACUUCCCAGAUGCUAGUACCAAAGAGCGGUCAGAGUUUGAGCAUGCAGCCAAGAUGCUCCACGGUCAGCACCUGAUGGCAGUGUGCUUCAAGGACUGUACACAACACAGCUCUGACACUGAUGGCUCCAAGCCCAUGGUGACUGCCUUCAAGUGGGGAGACCACCACCAGCCAUUGGUACAGUACAGUGGAGACUACACCACAGACAGUCUGGUCCAGUUUGUGCAAACAGCCACCCUCCCGCUAGUGCCGGAGCUGAGUCCCAGCAACCUCCCCCUUCACUUUGCCAAGGGCAAGCCUUUCCUCAUACUCUUCAAGGACGUGGAUGACCAGUCCAGGGAGGCAGAGGCUUCCCUGGCUAGUCUGGCUCGAGAGAAGACCUUUGAAUCGACGCUCACCAUAGUGUGGAUAGACGUGUCCCAGCCUUCCUCCAUCGGCUCAAAGAUCUUGAAGGACUACGGCAUCAGGCGGCAGCUCCUGCAUCCCAGCAUGGUGUUUGUGGACCAUGCCACCAAUAGGGUAUGCAACUACCCUGCCGACUACAGCUUCAAGGCACCGGCCAUGGCCAACUGGAUCGUCAUUGUGCUGAAUGGGGAGACCUCAUGCUCAGGUUUGAUGGAAAGCAAGUUUGAGCCGCAGGUCAGCCCUUAUGACUUCCUGGCACUGAUUGAGAAAGACAAGAAGGAGGGUACCCAGAGGAUGGGCAGGCUGGCCACAGAGCAUCACCAUGAUGAUGAGGAAGGGGUGGAGACUGAGGAGGACAAGGAGGAGGUUGAACAAGGGCCUGGUCAGCAGUUUGUCUCUGGAGAGCACCGCCACACAGAACUUUAGGUUGGACGGGUCAAGUCGAGCGCAUUAAAGGGCCCUUGCUGUAGAUUUUUUGGUUGCACAUGAAUCUAUGCCAUGCAUCUGUGCUAGUGCAAUUUACUAUCACUUUGUUAAGUUUUAAUUGCCACUUAAAAGUUUUUUGUGAUCUUGUUAAUCUGUGUAGUUGAUGCUUUCACACAUGGCUAUGUUUAUUAAAACAUACAUGUACAUGAUAUCAGCUGUGAUAUGGGCUUUAAUCUUGUUACGGAACGCAAACAAAUAGCCAUAGUUUCAUCUCCAGUCAAGUGCUUCAUUCAGGGAAGUUUACAAAUCUCAGCUUGGACUUUGGUUUUGGCCUUAGGUUUGAUUUUUUUGAGUUUGGUCCCCUAAGUUGAGGUCUUUAAACUCAGUGCAGCUUAAGGUCUUUAACUGGUGGUUCUCAAGCUCAUGCUUAAAUCAAAGUCAGAGAUAAAAGAGAGAGAGAAAAGUGCUCUCGGGGUACGCAGUUUCACCGGUGGGUAAACUGUGUUUGCUUUAGAGAAUUUCAGAUCAUUACGAGUGUCUGCUUAAACAUUAUUGCUGUGGACCCCCCCCCUGGGCCUUGCAAGAUAUCCUCCAGCACAGAUGGAGAAGUAAAUUCAAUAAAAAUAACUCUUUCAUCUUUUCAAGUCAGAAGACAGUAUCCCAUCAUAUUUACAACAUCCAGUGUGAAAACGAUGUCGUGUCGGCAAUGAAAAUGGGCAGUUUUACACCGUGGCUGCAUUUCUCUGUCAAAAGGGAAAUUUAGCAGUUCCUGAGACCUUGACAAAGGAGUUGUCUUUUUUAAAGUUUUGAUGUGUGGAUGUCGUUAAGUACUCGGCAGAAUUUCUUGCCAUUUCAUGAAACAUUUUUAGAGUGUCAUGAUUUAGGAGCUAGAGAGUCGUCAAAGAUUUGUGGUAGAAUCCUCCAGAUCUAUUAACCUUGAUGAUGUUGUUUUGGGGGAUUUUGUGGGUUUCUUUUUUUGUUUUGCACGAGGGAUGUAAAUUAUAAUUCUUGGUUCAAUCUGAUUUGGUGGGGGCUGUCAUGGCCAUGAAACCUGCUUUUAUUUGAAGUUUGAAAUUUGGCAAAUCCUUGCAAACCUGAUGGUUAGCGGUAAGAUAUCUGUAGUAGUAAGGUAGGAGGUUCAACUCCCACCUAAAUGAGCAUGGUAGAUUACUACCAAGCUGUCACACUAGCAAGCUAGAGUUGAGAGGUUUAAGUCCUGUCCCACCUAAAUGAGCAUGGCAGAUUACCACUAAGCUGUCUCACUAGCUAGCUAGAGUUGAAAGGUUCAAGUCCUGUCCCACCUGAAUGAGCAUGGUAGAUUACCACUAAGCCGUCACGCUAGCUAGAGUUGAGAGGUUUAAGUCCUGUCCCACCUAAAUGAGCAUGGUAGAUUACUACCAAGCUGUCACACUAGCUAGCUAGAGUUGAGAGGUUUAAGUUCUGUCCCACCUGAAUGAGCAUGGUAGAUUACCACUAAGCCGUCACGCUAGCUAGAGUUGAGAGGUUUAAGUCCUGUCCCACCUAAAUGAGCAUGGUAGAUUACUACCAAGCUGUCACACUAGCUAGCUAGAGUUGAGAGGUUUAAGUCCUGUCCCACCUAAAUGAGCAUGGUAGAUUACUACCAAGCUGUCACACUAGGGUGAAAAGGUUCAAGUUUGAGCUGAGUGAGCACAAACGUCUACAAAAGGUUGACAAAAUUUCUGUGGAACUUUGCAGACUUGUAGAAGUUUGGCCAGUCUUACCGCAGCACAAUAAUUCGGAUUGAUGAUGUAGUUGGAUUGCAACAGUGCCAUCUCGGACAUGACUGUGAUGCUUUUCCAUGGGCAUUUCCCUGGGCCAGUCAGGUCCUUUUUUUAAAUCCUGGCCUAAUCUCUGUCUUCAGCUCGAUCUUUAGCCCCAAGAUCAGUAGACAACAUUUGAAGUUGUAAUGAAAAUACUCAAACCUCAGAGAACGGGAUAACCUUCAUUCUUUGUUAUGGUUGUUUGCUCUUCAAAGUGGGAACCCAAGUCCUUUUGUGUUGGACAUUAUGUGUAUUUGUUUGUUUUCUGUGUUUGCUAACUUUGCCAUUUUUAUGAUAUUUUGGGGUGGUUUAAGUGAUACUUAGUUCUUCUUUUAGUUUAUCAUUGGAGUAUUUAGAAAGUUGAAUUUGUCAAGUAAUCAAGUAAACAUUCCUGUCGGCUGAUAGCAUUCGUGGAAUUUUGUGAAAGUUGUAAUGAAGUGGUCAAAUGCUCCUUUAAACAAGUACAAAAUUACUGAUGUGAGAUAGUGUUGAUGUAUUUAUCCGUAAGAUUGGAAAAUGUCUUUCGAGAGUUGUCUUUCAACCGUACUAUAUUAUUCUUUUCAAAGCUAAAUAAGAUUCUUUUAUGCGAGUGCUUAAUACGGGUGAUUCCAAAUAGUGCACCACCGAGAGUUUCCAACGCGUUGGCCAAUCUCAAUGCGUGAAAUGUGUCGACCCUUCCAAAAGCGAAUUGCCAGUCAGUACCUCCAGAUGUGUCAACACAUUCAAAUGCACAUUGCGUACAGUAGCCACUGCGUUGUAGACUCUUGGAAGCGCACUAUUUGGAAUUGCCCUCACUAAAACCUCCAUUCUCUCAAUGUCUGAUUAGUGUUGAUGUCAUAUGCAUGUAUGUGCAUUUUCAAUGUCCAUGAAAAAGUUAUACAUAAAAAUCAAGUUGAAGAUGUGGACUUACAGCCAGCUCAUACUUCAGGCAAAAGCGGAGCAAAUUUGAUGUUGCAGUGUAUUUUGCAGCCAAAUUUGUUUCAGUUGAUAUGUGUUCAACUUUGGCGAUUUCGCAGCAUGAACAUUUUUAUCUCACCUCAUAAUUUCUCUUGUGUGUUUGCUUUCAUGUCAAGCAUGAACCAGUCUUCAGGAUUUGUAUCUUACUGGACUGUAUAUAUCUUCUGUGUGUAAGCCAUUUGGAAGGUGUGUGAACUUGUUCCAAAGAGAUAAACAUUAGUGGAUGUGGACCUUCGAUGGCAUUCACUGAAUUGAAAAAUAACAUUAAUCAUGGCUGUUUUUUCUGCCAGGUGACCGUUGGUUAAUGCACACGAAGGUGUAAAUGCUCAUUUAGAAUGUUUUUUCUACAUGUCAAAGCUCAUUUAUUGAUUGUACAUCUAGGGCUUUGGUGUAUUGGCUUUGUUAGUGCGUUGCUUUGAAAUACAGACACAGUUAUGCAAAAGCCACACAAAAGCCGAACAAGAUUUAGCCGAAGAAAAGAGGUAAUCGGCUGCAGGCUUCACUUUGCACUGUGAGUUUGUAGUCCAGUUAUUCUACAUACCUGGAGGGAAUGCAAAACCUGUACGGUGGAAACAAACGAUAAAGCAUUGAAUAAAGUGUUACAAAAACACUCCCCAACCAAGAGUCAUCUCACUGGACAAAAUUCUAUUUGCACAGAGUAAAUUUCAGAAUGUGUACACUCAUAGUACAACCGCAAAUAUUUGAAUAUUGAAAUACAGAUUACACAAUUAACAGUAUUUACUUUUAAUUUGUAUAUUUUGGCUGAAACACUUGUAUUUCCUGCCACAAUGUGGCUAGGUGUAUUUUAUAUUCAUUGUCACUUUUAAAGCUGUUCGGAAUAGUCAACUAGACUUGUUCAGUGCUGGACCUGUACGAGCAUGUGGUCAUUCAGAGAUUAUAGUCAACUCAUGAUUAAUCGCAGUCCUUGAUUGAACAACUCCACGUUGUAUUACGACUGUUGCCAUCUUCCUGCCAGACUUGAACUUGUUUAUUUUUUUUAUCUUGUCAAAUUGUUAUCCGAGAUCAUGAAACGUGAAUCUUAUUUAUUAAAAGAGUAAUGUUCAUACAAGUAUGGUACAUUAAAUGUUUCAAUCAGCACA